UCUUGCUAAUUGUGGAUGUGCCGUAAGGACAAGCGUUGGGCAAUCGUUCCAAAGGUCUGUUAUCCCUUCCUGUCAUUUGCACAGAGCACACGGGGAGAAGAGGAUGGCAAAGAGAGGGUGGAGGAUCCUUUUGGCCUGAAGCUGUCUGAGGACUCCCCGACAUCAGAGCUGUUGUACCUUGUGCCACUGCAUUCGGACAUGAAGAUCAUUUACCUUUUCUUUGCUGUGCUCCUCCUAGUGCUCCAAAGCUCUUUAGGUUUUAUGCGAGCACCUAACAACGCCGUGCAAUGCAAGCAGGCUGGGGGUACCUGUUCCACAGACCACUGCCCCCCACCCAAUACAAGAGCCUUUGGACGGUGCAAGCAGGGGAUCCCUUGCUGUCGGACUGUGUAUGACUAGUGUUUUCCAGUAUCUUAGACCAGCUAAGCAGAUCUUCUGGCAAUGAGAGAUAUCAUCCCUUUAGAAAAUCUGGAAUUUGGGGCUGAAAAUAUGGUUUUCACACACACACACACACAUAUGCAAACACACACAAACCCCAAAACACAAACAACAGAAGAAUGACAACAAACACCUCAGCAAACAAACUGAAUGGCUUGAAAAGACUCUGAAAGUGAUCAUUGGACUGCCCAGAAAAGACUCUUUUGCUUUUUUUUUUUUUUCUAAAAUAAAAUAGUUUCUUAACAAAACUGCACUGCAUCCCAAAGUGCAGAUUAUCGGCAUGCAGAAGUCUGUCCCCAUGAGAGGACACAGAACAGGUUCUUGCCUUGGCAUCCAGAACAGAUGCUCGUGUUUUUUCUUUUAUAUUUAAUAGUAAUAAUGGGAUUGGCACUGAAAGAUAAAGUCUCCAGGAGAGACUGAAUGCACAGCUGAGGUUUUCAAAUUUCAUGGUCUACAUAUCUCUACAAAUUUUAAUAAACUUGCUCCAGAAGACUUGCAUCUGGUCCUUAUACCUGCAA